AUGGUGAGGAAUGGCGGCGUGUUCCCCAGGAGCUUCUCGGAGCUGCGGCUGCUGCGCCAGCAGUACAGGGCCAUCCUGGAGUCCACGUGGCCUGCCUGCACUGCUGCCUUCCCGCACUCUGCGGGGGCACUCAGCACCGGGGGCGGCUGUGACUCAGGGGGUGAAAUGGGCGGAGAGGAGGGGCAUGUGGAUGGGGACGGUGCGACUGGGCAUGGGAAUGGGCAUGGGGGUGGGCGGGGAAGAGGAGAAAGGCCAUGCCAGUCGGCUGGGGAGGGAGGGGGGGCAGGAGCAAAAGGGGGCCGCAGCAGGAGCCCCACGGCAGCAUACGCGCACCCGUUUUCCCCCUCGGCGCUGCGCUCGCUGGCGUACGUGUCGCCGGCGGUGCUGCGGGCGUGGGUGCACCGCGGGUCGUACAGGCUGGUGGAGGCCUUUGUGGGCGCGGGCGUCUUGGACAUCACCAACCAGUUCCGCACGCGCACCCUACACCUAGACCCUCUCUUCCUCACGGACCGUCCCUUCUCCCACCUGCUGCGCCUGCCCAUCCCCUUCUCCUUCUCCUGGAGCCCUCUCCUCGCGCCCAAGCCAAGCAUGCAGCUGAGCAAACCAUGCUACGUGGCCCGCUGUGUGCUCAAGGCUGUGGGCCUGCUGGGCGUGCGAGCCAUCAUUGGCAGCGCUGCCAUUCGCCAGCACCGCUGCUGCUCCUCCUCCCACUGCCUCGCGGCUGGAGGGCGCACCCGCAGGGGGGGAAAGGGACGUGCAGGUGUGGGCGGGAGGGUUGAGGAAGGGGGAGGGAAGCGUGAGGGGAAAGGCCGUCAAGGCAAGCAUGCGGAGAGGAAUGUGGCAGGGAGGGAAGCAGGAGGGAGUGUGGAGGGCGGAGGUACUCAGGGGGGAGCAGAGGAAGGGGGUGGGGGUGGGGAGGGAGAAGGGGAGGGCGAAUGUGAGGUGGUGCAGCAAGGGGGUGUGCUGUUUGUUGGGUCUGUGGCUCAUGACUGGCUCUUUCCCCACUGCUCUGCCACGGUGCACCAUGGGGGGGCGGGCACAGUGGCAGCAUCUAUCAGGGCGGGCUGCCCCAUCCUGCCCAUGCCAUUCUUUGGAGACCAGCACUUCUGGGCUGCUGUGCUGCACAGCCUGGGCGUGGCCCCGCCUGCUCUGCCCAUCCACCGCAUCUCCCCUCGCCGCCUCCUCUCCUCGCUGCGCCUGCUGCUGCAGCCUGCUCUCAAGGCGCGUGCCAUGCAGCUCAAGAACAGCUUCCUUCUCGAGUACGUGCCCCCUCUCCUCUCCAACACCGCGCCGCUGCCUGCUCUUUCAGCUGCCCUUUGCAAUCCCCGCUUUCAGCGCCUGCCCUCCUUCCCCACGUAUCUUUCCAUGCAGCCACAACGGCGGCAGGGCAAUGGGCUGCUGCGUGCAGCUCACUCCUUCCACCUGCACCUGCCACCUCGCCUGCGUUGCCUGCUACACGAGGGGCCAGAGCAGGCGGACAGGAUGCGUGGAGGCAGCAGAGCGUCAGAUGUGUUAGGGCUGUGUGGCAAUCCAGUGCCAUGCGGAGGAGAGCGUGAGGGAGUUCACGACAGCUGUGUAGGUAGCUCUCAGCAGCAGGACAGGCAAGAGGUUGCUGGGCAGGAGAUGGAGGAGAAGAUGAGGGGGCAGGAGGCAGAGAUUGAGGUGGAGGCAUUGCCUAGAAGGCGGCGUUUUUUGCCCAAGAGUUGGGUGUUCUGGAAGCGAAAGGGACACCAAGAGCAGCCUUCUGACUCGCAGGAAGCUUCUAGGGAAGGAGCAUCAACAGCUGAGUGGGACCGAGUGCUCUACCAACGUCGCUCACAUGCUCUCUUCAUAGCCGUCUAUAGAGUACCUUCAGCCAGUGCAAGUGUUUUCACAUCGAAACCUAGUGCCGCACAAGCAUAG